AAGAAAUUUCUACAUAUAUUUACCUAUAUGCAAGUGUAUGUGUGCUGACAUAGUGCCCUCCUGCGCGGACUGAAGAAAAUCCUUUUUAAAGUGGCAACAGUGUUAAGCGUCUCGCAAGUGUUCUUAAAUAAAAUCACAUAACAAUAUACUACAACUGUAUAUACACAUAAAGGGACCGUAUCUUUAUAGUACAUAGAUAGUUCAAUUCAAAUGUGAUUUGUAUGUUACCCCUUUCGGUGCACCUACUAAUGAGUCACCGUGCUUUGCAAGCAGAAUAUAUAACGAAAAACAACGACUAUAACAAUAACAAAAACAAUAAUUAAAGAAAUUUUGACAACAUUUGCUGAAAACAAAACACUUUGAAAAGUCGAUUCAAAUUUUAUUGCAGUGUAUAUUUAUUCGGGAUCGUUCUAUGUUACACAUAGUGUAUGUGCGUGUGUGUUAGCUGAAAAAAGUUUUUAAUUAGAUCGGAGGAGCUUUAAGAUUGAUUUUCAAAAGUGAUUUGCAAAAUUCAACCGUAAUUAUAAGGAGAGCGACAUUUUUUUAUUUAUCGUCAAAUGGCAAAAGAGAACAAAUCUUUAAAAUCCCACUCAAGAUGCGUCAGCAACAAGACUUACUUUGUGCAAUUUUAAGAAAAGCGAUGACUUAUUUUCAAAUUAUUGUUGAUAUCUGAUCACAUUAUAUAUAAAGCACAGGUUUGCAGAUAUCGUACCAUGGGCUGUUCGUUUGAAACAGCCAAACUGCAAAGUCUAUGUGACAUAAAGGAAAACUUAUUAACAACAACAAUUAGUUCAACACCGACAAAAGUUUCAACGAGAAUUAUUGUGUCAAGGAAUUGUAAUCAGAAAGUUGGAGGAACACAGCACGGUACAAAAAUCAGCCACAACAAUAAAAAGGAAACAUUUAGUAAAGGCUGCCAAGAUACAACAAAAAUAACUAUAAACAAAACAAUUAAGAAAACUGCAAUUAAACAUUCGUGCGAUAAAAGUAAUACACACAGCAAUAGUGAUACCAACACAAACAAGAACAAAAACAAUAAAGACAACAAUAAUAAUAAUAAUAAUAAUAAUAAUAAUAGUAACAACGAACAAAAAAAGGAGGCCGUGUACCGACACUUUAAGGAAGUGACAAAUCCUCGUGAAGAGUGUAAAGCAAAACAAAUCGCCAAGAAGCAAGCGAAAGAGGGAAGUGUACGGCAAAGAGGUAGGGAAAAAGAGCAAGGAGAAAUAGUAGAAGUAUCCUGUGUAAACUGUUAUCCAUUCGACUGUCACAGUAGGAUUUGUUGCACACAACAACAAGCCAGUGAUCACGGUAUAAUAAAAUCCCACGCAAGCCAUAAUUUAAAAACCGACAAAUAUUCCAACACAAGCAAUUGCCGUUACUGCCACAGCCAAUCGUCAAAUCAGCUGCAGUCGUUGCAGCGCCAUUACCAUUACAAUCCUCCCCGUCAUCGCCAUUAUCAAUAUUGCCAACAGCAACAGAAGACGCCACAAAAUGAAACAGAAUACGGAGCCAACUGUACGAAAGCCAGUUUCAUUGCGAAAAAUGAUGAAAUGGCAGCAAACAUUGUUGCCAUUUAUAAUGCGGGAAGUCAAAGUUUGCAGAAAACACUGUCACAGACACGUACCACCUUAACAGCAAAUGCAAAUUGCAUCAAGAAUAGCGUAGUGCAGGUGUGGGGACAUUGUACAACGAUAGCCGAAUCACUGCUAAGAGCAACUAAGUCUCAGCAAUAUCAGCAUUACACUCGUAAACCAUCGGAGGGGGCAAACAGAGACUUUUACCAGAGAAAAUAUAAAUUCAAGUCUGAACCAUGCUCUCAUCUCCAUAAUGCCAUUGGCUCAAAUAAGCGCCAUCACAACUAUAAUAAUAAUAAUAAUAAUAAUAAUAAUAAUAAUAAUAAUAAUAAUAAUGAUAAUAAUAAUUACAACAAUAAAGAAAGCAAUGGAAAAGCCAACAUUUCCAACAAUCCUAGCCAAAGUCACAGCUCCGCCACGGCCGCAAAUACAAAUGCAAUCAGCAACGCCAGCACCAACAGCACCCCCCGCACCACCCACAGCACCAGCGCCACCCGCCGCACCAGCACCACCAACACUACCACCACUACCACAACUAGCAAUAUAAAUACGAAUGCUUCUGCCACCGCCGCUUUCAACUACAUCGGCCACAACUACUAUCAUCUAUUACGUAAUUCGAUUAAUUUUUACACCGCCUCUAGCGUAAUACUCGUUCUAUGCUAUUUGACCACCACGACCUCAGCUGCCGCUGCUAAAUCGGACACCUCAUCUAUUGAUAGGCAUCCAGUUCUCGCCAUCGAUUGGUCGAAAUUCGAUGAGUCAAGCUCCGAUAAGGAAAUUUUGGAUUUAUUAUUGGAGAAAAAACGUUACGACAAACGUUUACUACCGCCUGUCAAUGAUGAAGACUUUUGCUGCGGAUUAUCUUCGCCGGAAAUGGUUACAAUAGAAAAUAGCCGAAGACCACAUCAUCGGGGGACACUUACGGUAAAUGUUAAUGUAUUACUGUUGAGCUUGGCCUCACCUGAUGAAAGCAGUCUGAAAUAUGAAGUUGAAUUUUUAUUGCAUCAGCAGUGGAACGAUCCACGCUUGCAAUACGGUAACAAAUCGCAUUAUGAUUUUUUAAAUGCGUUGCAUCAUCAUGAAAGCAUCUGGACACCGGACACCUAUUUCAUUAUGCACGGCGACUUUAAGGAUCCCAUUAUACCCAUGCAUUUUGCAUUAAGAAUUUAUCGUAAUGGGACCAUUAUGUACGCAAUGAGACGGCAUUUGAUAUUAUCUUGUCAGGGAAGUUUGCAUAUAUUCCCCUUCGAUGAUCCGAAAUGCUCAUUCUCAAUGGAAAGUAUAUCGUAUGAAGAGGCUCAAAUCAAAUAUGUGUGGAAAAACGACGAGACUACCUUACGUAAGAGUCCUUCGUUGACAACGUUGAAUGCCUAUUUAAUAGAAAAUAAAACAACAGCCUGUGAUCAAAACAGUUGGAGAGGGAACUACAGCUGUCUUAGAGUCGAUUUAAUAUUUACCAGAGAUCGAGCAUUCUAUUUCACCACCGUUUUUAUACCCGGCAUUAUACUGGUGACGUCAUCUUUUAUAACAUUUUGGUUAGAAUGGAAUGCUGUACCGGCCAGAUCUAUGAUAGGUAAUUACAGUUGUCUACAAGUCGAGUUGACUUUUACCAGAGAUCGUGCUUAUUAUUUUACAACCGUUUUCAUUCCGGGCAUUAUAUUGGUGACCUCAUCAUUUAUCACAUUUUGGCUGGAAUGGAAUGCAGUGCCAGCCAGAGUUAUGAUCGGCGUAACAACAAUGUUGAAUUUUUUCACCACAUCCAAUGGUUUCCGCAGUACCUUGCCGGUCGUAUCGAAUCUGACAGCCAUGAAUGUUUGGGACGGUGUAUGUAUGUGUUUUAUUUACGCCUCUCUCCUGGAAUUUGUAUGUGUCAAUUAUAUGGGACGCAAACGGCCACAGCACAACGUUGUCUACCGACCCGGGGAGAAUCCCGUCACACAGCGUCUUCCAGCGGUUCUAAGCAGGAUUGGAGUUAUUCUUGCAAGUCCUUUGGAGGUAAUCGAACGAGAAUUCCAUGCUGCCUUACAUUCGGAAAAAGCGGCGGCCGGACUCUCUGCUGCUAGUGGAGCAGCAACAUCGAGAACGCAUCCCGUAGAGCAUAGGUCCCGAGCUCAUUUGCAUCAAGAAUCGUCACGCGGUCUAUUAGCGAAUGCUGUGCAAAACUGGCAAGCGCUUACUCUGCGCAGGAAAAAGCACGAGCGAUCAGAGCAGCAGCAGCAACAAUCAUCACAGCAAACAGAACAAAUCGCACAACGUCACACUUACGAACAUACCUACUAUGAACCUGUAAUUGAAAAUGCAUUUACUCGGGCAACAGCGAUCACAACAACCGUCACCGUCGAACCUGAACAGAGAGUAAUAACAGCGAUUCCCGGCAUCGUUGGCGCUGACAGUUCAGAAUGUCAAUUAAAACGAUCGCACUCAAUGGCAACUAACACGCCGCCUUUAAUAUUUAAAGGAAACGCUAAAGAUGAAGAUAGCGAAACCAAGCAAACCGCGUUCGGUUUCAAAGAAGUGAGCAUUGAACUCGUCGAACGACAAAUGCCCUUGAAACCGCCACGUAAAAAGACUUCGCGUUCGACUUCGCCCUCUACAAGCAAUUACGAAAUAAUAAAUGCGGCUGGCAGUGGUCAAACUCAGCAACAAACGCAACAACAAUCAUCAGCAACAGAAGAUCGCCCCGGCGAAAAGAAACGUGAUGCCAGUGCACCGAACGAAAUUGUUGCCUGCACAACAUGCGGCGGCAGUAGCGGUAGUCCAUGCACUCAUUCGGCUAAUAAUGGUUGUGCCACCGAGACAUGUUUCGUGCAGGUGCGCAAAAAGGAACCGCCCCAUCCCAUUCGGAUAGCAAAGACUAUAGAUGUCAUCGCUCGAAUAACAUUUCCAACAGCGUAUGCCAUAUUUCUGAUAUUCUUUUUUGUACACUAUAAGGGAUUUUCGUAAAGUCAACCAAAAAAUAUACAUAAAAAAAGCCACGCAAAAGAAAAAAAAAAAAAAAAAAAAAAA